GCGGGGAAGUUACGGCCAUGCUGGCGGCGGCGGCGAGGGGCCUGAUCCUGGCAGGGGCCUCCCUGGGGGUCCCUCUCGUGCGCAGGGGGCUCCGCCUCUCGGCCCCCCUGGAAACGUGCAUCGUGGAGCGUUGGUGGAAGAUACCUUUGAGCAAGGUGGGCAGGGAGCCUCGGAUCAAGCACCGCCGGUAUAAGGUCUACCGCUUGUUGGAGGACACCAAACACAAGCCCAAAGAACCCCUGGAGCUCAUCCUCACCCAAACCGUAGACGAUGUGGGAAGCCGAGGCGACACAGUCCUGGUGCCCAAAUCUUUUGGCCGCAGCCGUCUCCUCAACCAGAACAAAGCCGUCUACGCCUCUCCAGAAAACAAGAAGAUAUUUGAGGAGGAAAACCGGUUACGCCAGGAAGGGAAACUGCCGAGGCUCCAGACCCACACAGGCGAAAAGACUGUCCGGUUUCUGCGCAAGUGCACCCUGGAAGUCGGAGUGAACGACUGCGAGCAGUUUGAGCUGACCCACCAGAUCGUGGCACGGCACUUCCUGCGAAACCUCGGGGUCAUGGUUCUGCCGCAUACCUUGAAGCUUCCGGACGAGCCCAUCACGGAAUUGGGGGAAUAUUGGUGCGAAGUUACGGUGAACGACCUCGACACCGUCCGAGUCCCUCUUUCCGUGGUGCGCUCUGCAGAACCCAAGCCCGAAAGCUACAGGGUCUGGCUGGCUCAGCCGGAAGACGCCCCUCAGCAUUAGCACCAAAGUCCGCCCCACCCCAGGAGGAGAAGGGAGCAGGGGGUGCUCUCAAAACAAGCGAUGAAAACUGGGGGGCAACCAGCUUGCCUGUGCAGCUCAGGAGAUCCAGGGACCUUCUUCAGAUCGGGUUUGGACAAAAUCUUCAUCAGAUUGGUGGUUUUUUUGGGGGGGUACUCCUGUCCUAAACGUUCAAAGGCAUCUCUGACGGACAGGUUUCUCUCGAGUAAGAGGAUCACGCCAACUAGCAUUCCAUGAUUUCUCUCCUCUCCUGAGGAACAACAGAAUGUCGAGUCUCUUACGAAUAAAAACAUUUCAAAAUCAGAAA